AUGGUGAAGAUUGACCAAAGCAACGUCAGUGCCACACCUGCUGAUCACAAGCAAAUGAGAGUAACCUUGGUGGAUCUUAUCACCAAAGGUGAUGAGAUGGCUUACAGGGAGGAGGUCAGCGCCCUGACAUACUGGUGCCAAGAGAACCAUCUCACCGUCAACAGCACCGCCUACAAUCUCAAAGCUCUCCAGAGAGUGGUGCAGUGUGCUGAAAGGAUAAUUGGAGAAAAAAAAGCGGAGGCCGAAAAACAGGUGGGGUCCUCCACCACCACCACUCACAGAGAGGCUGAGCAGUUGGCCCUCAGCCAAAACAGUGGGCGCCCUGUGGCUGAAGGCAUCUCUGCGGGGACAUCCUCUGAGUCAAUAACCCCGCAAGACACAAGUGCCUACAUAAGAGUUGAUGGUGAUGGUGUACUGCAUCUGGUGCAGCCUCCUGUUGAGCCAGACCAACAUGCAGUUGAAAUUGAAGAAACAUUGACAGCUGUUACAGAGGAGGAAGCAACAGAGACACUUUAUGAGAGUGAUGAUGGAAAUGCAGAGGAAGAGGGUCCAGCCACUUCUCCAACAAACCUUUCCUCACUCCCUGUAAAGCAGCUGUACAAGACCUAUUUGAUCAAGAAAAUAAAAAAAAAAUGCGACUUGGAAAUGGAACACUUCAAGCAGCAGAUCCAAAAGACCAAGAUUGAGAUUUUACUGCUGGAACAUCAGUUAAGGGUGGGUGAAGUGGUCAGAGAUGGACGAAUUAUUUCAGUGUUUGAACAACAUAAUAAUAUACUUAUUAAUACUUUGUGUACAGGAAACACAGGCGACCAAUAAAGCCAGCUGAACAAAAAAUCUGUUUAUUCUUCUUUCAACAUGUUGAGGUGAUGGGUCAAAGGAAAUGAUUGUGACAUAUGGUGUCUCUGACUGCUCUUCCAUCUUGUAUGUCCGUGGGAGGGUCAGGAUGUUCAUGGUUUGGAUCACUGCUGAUGUUUGGUUCAGAAGGACAGUGUUCUCCUCUAAUUGUGGCAAUGUUGUGAAGAAUCACACAUGCCACAAUAAUGUCACAUGCCCUUUCUGGGGUGACCCUGAGUCUUUGAAGG